GGGAUUGAUACAAAGCUUGUUUGACAGCCAUAUACAUGUUUAAUGCCUUCAAACUUAUGUUUUUUUUUUUGCUGAUUUUUAUCGUAAAAGUCACAUUAUGACAAGAAGUCAGAAGGACCGGUUUGUCUAAAGUAAUUGUACUGGUUCAAGCUACGGGACAUAUCAUGUAAUGACGUAAUCUGGUGUAAAUGGAGCUACAUUUUGAGUUGGUCACCUACCUGCAAAUUCAGCGCAAUACCAGCUAAUAGCUAGCUGACCUUAGUUAGUUAUCCAGCCAAUUAAAGCAAUGCCUUGAUGACAGCCUUUAGCUAGCUAACAACAGAGACCUGGCUGCUAGUUUAGCUAGGAAUAGUUGCUCAUUGCAAACGUGAAUUUCCGACAUGUGGUGCACGUAGCACGUAUUUGUACAUUUAUACGACUUGCAUAAAUGGAUGCUUCACCUCUGGGCGAGCAAACCUCCGAAACACAGUCGGCCACGAAUGGAACCAGGAAGCUCGCGUGAAAGUCCAUUCGGUUCCGGGGGUCCCGAUCCGUCGGACAUACGGGAGGAGACCCCCGGCGAAGAGGCUGAGGAUGGGGACAACAGCAUCCUGAGAGAAGAGGGGGGAGGGAACGAAAACACUCUGGACAACAUGAAAACAGAAUGUGAGGAUGAUGAUGAUGACACAGGACAAAAUGUUGAUGCUGCUAAUGAAGAAGGCAAAUAUGAAGAGGAAUUGGACCCUAGAAUUCAGGAGGAGCUAGAGCACCUCAAUCAGGCCAGUGAUGAAAUCAACAAGCUGGAACUGAAACUGGAUGAUGCUAGGUCCAGCUACAGGAGGAUCCUCACUGACUCAGCCAGGAAGCUCAAUGCUCAGGGCUCCCAGCUAGGGACCUGCAUUGAGAAGGCCAGGCCCUACUACGAAGCUCGCAGACUAGCCAAAGAGGCCCAGCAGGAGACUCAGAAGGCAGCGUUGCGGUACGAGAGAGCCGUCUCCAUGCAUACGGCUGCCAGAGAGAUGGUGUACGUGGCAGAGCAGGGGCUCCUGGCAGACAGGAACACUCUGGACCCCACCUGGCAGGAGAUGCUCAACCACGCCACCUCCAAGGUUAACGAGGCAGAGGAGGAGCGGCUGCGGAGCGAGAGGGAGCAUCAGCGGGUCACUCAGCUGUGCCAGGAGGCAGAACAACGUGUCCAGACCCUCCAGAAAUCCCUCAAGAGGUUCAUCAUCAAGUCCAAACCUUAUUUCGAGCUCAAGGCUCAGUUCAACCACCUACUAGAGGAGCACAAGGCAAAGGUGGUGCAGCUGGAAGAACGCGUUGCAAGAGUAAAAAUGCGCUACUCCGUCGCCCUGCGCAACCUGGAGCAAAUCAGCGAGCAGAUCCAUGCCCAGAGGGGGCGUGUCCGAGCCACCAGGGCCCGCCCCGUAGCCUGCGGUGGGCGGAGCUCCCCAGUGGGGGCGGAGGCUGAGGUCAAAGCUGCGGUCGGGGUUCAGGUUGGAGGAGCAUGUGGCGGAGGAGGAGGGUUGGAGGAGAAGGACUGGGCUGAUGGAGAGAAGACCAGGCAGUGGGUGGAGAGACACAGAGAGCAGGGCUGGGGUCACAGGGAGAGUGGGGAGGCAGGGUCAGACUCCAUGUCUGUCAUCAGCCUCCAGACCAUCGCCUCGGACCUGGAGAAGUGCGACUCGGUGGGGCACCUGGGGGACCUGAGUGACGUGAGCAGCCUGAUGGGAGAGGACUGGGAGAGGCACCGGUCCCUGAUGGCUGAGAACAGAGAUAGGAACCCAAGGGCAGAGGAGAGAGUUGUGAGGGAGGUGGACAUCCCUGCUCCAAGGCAGGAUAGAUUGGAGGUGGUGAGGGGGGUGAGAGGGAGACAGGAGAGCUUUGUCAAGCAGCACCACAGAAGUGUGAGUUUGUGAGACCAGAAUAGAAGGCACUGUGUGAUGAAUGAUCAGAUAAAGGAAUGAAAUCAAGAGAGAGCAAAGAAUACAGACGGCCAUUGUGGAAGUUCUGUUUGAGGGAUUGAAAUGUAGAACACGGACAAUGGGUCCCAAAUAGAACCCUAUUCCCUACAUAGUGCACUACUUUUGACCAGGGCCUAUAGGGAAUAGGUUGCAAUUUGGCACGCAACCCUGCAUCAUUGUGACACUGCAGAGGGGAGUACCAGGCAAGUGGAGGGUGGCUGGUACAUCAUGCACACAGAGAGAGAAGAAGAAGAAGUGUCAGGCGAUUCGCUAGGUCCUUGUGGGACUUGUAGUUCCUACACUCUAAUCUGUCUAUUGUUCAACACCAGUAAGAUAUCAGUGACCUGAGGUAAAGCUAGUCUUAACACAGUACUGUGUGUAAAUACAGAGACAUAAUAGAUAACAUACUCAUAACUUUACUUACAGUUUCACAUGCAGCUGAACGUUUUUAGCAGCGAAGUUUAUUUUAUCAAUGCUAUUUCGAUUUUGACAUUAGUCCCUUUAAAAAGCCCUUUGUGCUUUUCUUUUCCAAAUUGAUUGAAUUACCACAGAAUUCGGUUUCCGCUCGUCCUUGGAAUGAACCAAAGGUGUUGAUACAAGCAAUUACUGCUCUCUCUCUCUCUCCCUCUUGAGUAAAAAUAUAUUUUAAAACAUUUUAAUUUAGUUAUUAGACCUGUUUUGUGUUUUUACCCCAGUAGAAUGUUCUGGAAAUGUUCCCAGCACCUCGAGGGCCAACAACUCCCUCACACACCAGACUGAAUGUCUCUGUCGCUCACAUUGACCAUUCUCUGACCUUUCACAAUCCCUCAGACACCAGACUGAAUGUCUCUGUCGCUCACAUUGACCCUUCUCUGACCUUUCACAAUCCCUCAGACACCAGACUGAAUGUCUCUGUCACUCACAUUGACCCUUCUCUGACCUUUCACAAUCCCUGCUUUCUGUCGGGAAGGAAAAAAAUGCGUCUGCUAUCCUGAUCAACAAUGUGUGUCCAAAAUGGGACCCUAUUCCAUACGUAGUGCACUACUUUUGACAAGGGCACAUUUUGGGGUCUGGUCAAAAAAUAGUGCACUAUAUAGGGAAUAGGGUGACAUUUAGGACUCAUACAAGAUGUUACACUGCAUGGUGGGAAAUGGUUCUAAUUAACUCAUUUUUAGUAUUGCGUAAAUCAUAAAACUUUUUUUGUUGUUGUUGAGGAACAUCAAAAAUAAGAUUUUUAAUUUUACUCAAAUGUAUUUUAAGUGCUUUUGACCCGCCCUAAUUUUAUUUUUUUAUUUUUUAUUUUUUACAUAUUCUGAGAGUGUAAUGCCCCUUUAAUAUCUUUGAUGACAUUUUUUGUAAUCAAUAAAUUCCAAUAACCAUUCAUUCUUUAAUUUCUUAACUGUCUUCCUUUUUAAUAGUGAGACCAUUUUUAGUGAAGUUUUCAUUGUUUUAGAUUUAAAUACUUUAACAGUGUUUUACCAUAGUUAACAUAGUUGACAAAUGUACCUGCUUUUCACCUACUCUUAACGCCUCUAAAUGACAUUACAUUACAUUUAAGUCAUUUAGCAGACGCUCUUAUCCAGAGCGACUUACAAAUUGGUGCAUUCACCUUAUGACAUCCAGUGGAACAGUCACUUUACAAUAGUGCAUCUAAAUUGUGUUGUUGUGCAACGCCUGGGUGUAGUAGAUGGCUACGUUGUUUUUGUAUCGGGGUUUUCACUUCCUGGGGUUAUUUUUGAACCAGUUUCUUCUCUUGUUCAUUUUGUACCUGUUGACGGGUACCUUACCUUGAUUUUAUUGAUCUCACCAGACACGGACACUAAAUCACUAGAGAGAG